GUGAAAUAGGUUGACCCCUCUGCAUGCGCCUUUGUACAUGUGUAGCUGGGUCAUUGAAGCGAAAUAAGUUGCCACUCGGAUCGUUUUCAUAGCCUCCUAUGCAGGCUCUGAGCAGCGUUUAAGUACCGCUUUUUCAGUUCAACGCUGUUUCUGUUGUUGGCGGGUUUGGCUGUUACUGUUUUCAUACUAUUUGUAUAUGACUGAACAAGGCAGCAAUCAUCAAACAGUGAUUUUAUUGUCAACUGAAAUAUAACAUUGCAGUUACCUAAAAUCCUGUUAACGAGACUCCGGGAAAUGACAUUGCGUGUUCUGAAAUAACGUCAUUGCUAAAUAGUACCUGCAGACUAGUGAUAGGAAGGUUGGGAGUUCGUCGGCUCUGUGGAGAAUUGCAAACAUGAGGGCCAUCAUUUGCUUCCUAGUUCCUCUCGUCUUGAUACUUAACGUGUCUCCUGUCUACGGAAAAGCCACGUGCAGGGCUCUGACGUUCCCAAACGUAGAAACAUCAUGCAACAGGAGCCCGAAUUCUCGUGGGAGGUACCCUAAAAACACCAUCUGCACCCUAAGCUGUAUCCUGGGAUGUGUGAAGGGCAGAGGAGGGAGAAAGAGGCAAUGCAGGGGCAAACGCGGACCCCGUCCGUGGAGAGGAGGGCGCGGUUUGAAGUGCAAUUGCAACCCAUGCACGAGUCCACCCAUUCAUCCCGAAGGUUACACAAGCGACUGUGCUAACCAACCCAUUUACCCAGCCGGCCAAAUCUGCACCUUCACAUGCCCAUCUGGAUACGUCCAUACUGGAGGUUCUCCUGACAAGCUGUGCGAGAACGGCAAAUGGGUGUCCUGGCCAGUGGGGACGGAUCUAGAAUGUGAAAGAGAACAUGUUGAUGGCGGUUGGUCCGACUGGGGCCCAUGGUCCAGCUGUAGCGUGACGUGUGGAAUCGGGACGGAGACUCGGGACCGAAGCUGCACCAAUCCUGCACCAGCUCACGGCGGGGCAGACUGUGUUGGGCCAGAUGAGGAGGUACAAGUCUGUGACACGGGGGUGCCCUGUCCAGUUGAUGGCGGUUGGUCCGACUGGGGCCCAUGGUCCGGCUGUAGCGUGACGUGUGGAAUCGGGACGGAGACUCGGGACCGAAGCUGCACCAAUCCUGCACCAGCUCACGGCGGGGCAGACUGUGUUGGACCAGAUCAGGAAGCACUUGUACAAGAUUGUGACACGGGGGUGCCCUGUCCAGUUGAUGGCGGUUGGUCCGACUGGGGCCCAUGGUCCGGCUGCAGCGUGACGUGUGGAAGCGGGACGCAGACUCGGGACCGAAGCUGUACCAAUCCUGCACCAGCUCACGGCGGGGCAGACUGUGUUGGACCAGAUGAGGAGGUACAAGAUUGUGAUACGGGGGUGCCCUGUCCAGUUGACGGUGAAUGGUCCGACUGGAGUCCAUGGUCCGGCUGUAGCGUGACGUGUGGAAACGGGACGGAGACUCGGGACCGAAGCUGCACCAAUCCUGCACCAGCUCACGGCGGGACAGACUGUGUUGGGCCAGAUGAGGAGGUACAAGAUUGUGACACGGGGGUGCCCUGUCCAGUUGACGGUGAAUGGUCCGACUGGAGUCCAUGGUCCGGCUGUAGCGUGACGUGUGGAAGCGGGACGCAGACUCGGGACCGAAGCUGCACCAAUCCUGCACCAGCUCACGGCGGGGCAGACUGUGUUGGGCCAGAUGAGGAGGUACAAGAUUGUGACACGGGGGUGUCCUGUCCAGUUGACGGCGAAUGGUCCGACUGGAGUCCAUGGUCCGGCUGUAGCGUGACGUGUGGAAGCGGGACGCAGACUCGGGACCGAAGCUGCACCAAUCCUGCACCGGCUCACGGCGGGGCAGACUGUGUUGGGCCAGAUCAGGAGGUACAAGAUUGUGACACGCUGGUGCCCUGUCCAGUUGACGGCGAAUGGUCCGACUGGGGCCCAUGGUCCGGCUGUAGCGUGACGUGUGGAAGCGGGACGGAGACUCGGGACCGAAGCUGCACCAAUCCUGCACCAGCUCACGGCGGGGCAGACUGUGUUGGACCAGAUCAGGAGGUACAAGAUUGUGACACGGGGGUGCCCUGUCCAGUUGACGGUGAAUGGUCCGACUGGAGUCCAUGGUCCGGCUGUAGCGUGACGUGUGGAAGCGGGACGCAGACUCGGGACCGAAGCUGCACUAAUCCUGCACCAGCUCACGGCGGGGCAGACUGUGUUGGGCCAGAUGAGGAGAUACAAGAUUGUGACACGGGGGUGCCCUGUCCAGUUGACGGCGAAUGGUCCGACUGGAGUCCAUGGUCCGGCUGUAGCGUGACGUGUGGAAACGGGACGGAGACUCGGGACCGAAGCUGCACCAAUCCUGCACCAGCUCACGGCGGGGCAGACUGUGUUGGACCAGAUCAGGAGGCACAAGAUUGUGACACGGCGGUGCCCUGUCCAGUUGACGGCGAAUGGUCCGACUGGGGCCCAUGGUCCGACUGUAGCGUGACGUGUGGAAGCGGGACGGAGACUCGGAACCGAAGCUGCACCAAUCCUGCACCAGCUCACGGCGGGGCAGACUGUGUUGGACCAGAUGAGGAGGUACAAGAUUGUGACACGGGGGUGCCCUGUCCAGUUGAUGGCGGUUGGUCCGACUGGAGUCCAUGGUCCAGCUGUAGCGUGACGUGUGGAAACGGGACAGAGACUCGGGACCGAAGCUGCACCAAUCCUGCACCAGCUCACGGCGGGGCAGACUGUGUUGGGCCAGAUCAGGAGGCACAAGAUUGUGACACGGGGGUGCCCUGUCCAGCACCGACAACAGAAGCAAUGACGACACUGCUGACGACAACAGCAACAACAAUGCCAACCAGAGCAACGACGACUAUUCCGGCCAAAGCUGCGACAACAAUGCCGUCGACGGUAGCAACAACAAUGCCGACUAGAGUAGCGACAACAACGCAGACUGUGUGCCCAAUAGCACCAGACUACGUAAUUUUCAACGGAAUUUGCUACAAGGACUUUGUUGAGCUUAAGACGUACGAAGAGGCCAGACAGACGUGUGCCGUAGACGGGGGACUGUUGGCCAUGCCGAGAGACAGUGUGACCAACGCUUAUAUCCACAAUCUGGGAGGCAAAGAAAUCCGUUGGAUUGGGUUGAAUGAUCUCAUCAACGAAGGUCAGUUCGUAUAUGAAGACGGUCAAACCCUGGCGUCAUCCGGAUACAGCAACUGGAUCGGCAGUGAGCCAAACGAUGCUCACGGUGGCGAAGACUGCACCGUAGUGGAUGGUUCCGGGCACGGCUGGAUUGACAUAUCUUGCAGCCUGAGAAGGGGAUUCAUCUGUCAGCUAACUACAUCACCAACACAAGAAGCGACAACAAAAGCGACGACAGAAGAGGCCACUGGUAGGUUUAUGUUCAACUAUUAUUUCAACAAAACUACCAGCUUACAUUAA